UCUACUGUCAUAUCCCCAACUAACCCCAAUGAGCUCUUAAUUUAUAUCUUUCCCUCCAUCUCUCCAAACUCAAAUAAUAACAACAACAACAACAAUAAUAAUAAUAAUAAUAAUAAUAAUAAUCCACAUUGUUUUUGCUCCUCCUCUCACACUACACUAUUAUAUUCUAAGCCCUUUUUGCUACAACAAAAGGUGACUUAAACCCCAAUCCAUUGCAUAGCAAGAACACCAAGGGUGCUUGCUUAGAACCUACUUAAUUGUUUUCACUUUCCUAUAGCUAGCUAUUCUAUAUAUCUCUCUCUCUCUUUCUCUCUUUAUCUAUCUCUCUCUCUCUCUCUCUCUCUAUUGUAAAUGUUUUCUCUCCAACUAACUUCAUUUUCAAGCAUAUAUGUUCAUGUAGGCAUAUAAUCUAACGCGCAAGUUGCGACCAGCGGAGUAUUAAAUCCCCCCUCUCCCCCCCCCNUUCGAUUCGAUUCGAUUCGAUUCGCUUCGGUCCUCUCUUCGCAGAAUGGGACGGCACUCGUGCUGUCUCAAGCAGAAGCUGAGGAAGGGCUUGUGGUCUCCUGAGGAGGAUGAGAAGCUCUACAAUCACAUCAUCAGACAUGGUGUUGGGUGUUGGAGCUCUGUUCCAAAAUUAGCAGGUCUACAAAGAUGUGGAAAGAGCUGCAGGCUGAGGUGGAUCAAUUACUUGCGGCCCGAUCUUAAGAGGGGGAGCUUCUCACAGCAGGAGGAGGACUCGAUCAUCGCCCUUCAUGAGAUCCUCGGAAACAGAUGGUCUCAGAUCGCGUCCCAGUUGCCCGGGAGGACCGACAACGAGAUCAAGAACUACUGGAACUCGUGCCUCAAGAAGAAGCUCCGGCAGCGCGGGAUCGACCCGUCGACCCACAAGCCGCUUCCGAGCGACGCGCCGGAAGCAGAAGCGCAGGAAAGGAAGCCGGUGCUCGAUAACGCGGGCCGCAUCGUCGUCGCCGCUCCUCCCCUCGAGCAUUUUCUGACGAAACCGGCCUUCGAUCCUUUCCCAUUAACCGAAUUCCACGAUCCGAGUGCGAUUAUCAGCGCAAGCCUCUACUACAGCAACCAACUUCAGCAAACUUUUCGGGCUCUCGAUCAGGAUGGCGCAGCGCCCGGAUCGGGGCUCUGCGACUACAGCAGCGCCGUGGAUGUCUCGGAGAACUACGGGUGCUACGGCGAGAGCUCGAGCAACAGCAGCAACUGGAACUGCAACAGGGGGGCAGAGGGGAAUAAUGUGAUUGAGAGUGAGGGACUGAUUUGGGCUUCUGACAGUAAAAUGGAGUCAUUUGGUCAGAUACAUUUGAGUGGUGAGGAGAUGUUUGAGAACAAGUUCAGUGCUGAAGAUUACAGCAGCUCAAUGAUGGGAUCACUUUCGCGGGAUAAUUCCGACGCCGCCUUCGAUGUAUCUCAAGCAGCAGCAUUGGCAAGUGAUUUCGAUUUUGACUUCUUUUGAAAUUCUUGAUUGUAAACUCUCUCUCUCUCUCUCUCUCUCUCUGUCUUUUUCUCCCUCUCUUUCUCAAGUUUUGAAUGUGGAAGAAGUUAAAAAUGUGAGGGAUUAGAGAUGGCCAGCCUUUUUUGCCCCCUGUGCUUUUUUUACUUGUCUUCUGAAUAAUAAAGAUGUAGAUGAGAAUAAUGUUCUUGCAAAAGUCUCUGAUCACAACAAAUUUUUGUUCCAUUUAA